CUCUAUUGCUAUCGUCUCACUUCCUUCCUCUUCCUCAUUCCCCUCCCUCUGCCUACAGCGCAAAUCAGGGCCACCAACCCUCAGCUACUACUGCCUGCCCUACCAACCUGCAACGGAACUCCCGCGGCCCCAGCUCUCGGUUCCGCGCUUAUUAUAUGUAUUACCCUUACCGCAUUCAAUUCCUGCAGAAAACCCAUCUCUGCCAGAGCAGAAAGCAUUGCCAUGAAGGUGACGAUUCCGACCACGUCCUCUUCUAGCGAUUUGCGCGCACCAUGGACUUGGUAUCAUAUUCUUAUCGAGUAUCCGAAUGGGCGAAAAAUGACGGUGAAACGGAGAUACCGUGAGUUCUGUGAGCUGCAUGAGACCUUGGAGAAACAGUCUUCUCAAUUUGACACCGCCGUUCCACCCAUUCCGCCCAAGUCCUGGUUCUCAUCCACCGUGACCAAUUCAAGUCUGCGGGAGUCUCGACGCCUACAGCUGGAGGAAUUCUUGGGACGGCUUGUCUACAGCGACUGGUUUCAUUUGCAAGUUGUGAAGGACUUUCUGGAGUUGCGUGAACCGAGUCAGAUGGAGUUUGUUACUCCUCAGUCGAUCCAACCUCAGUACUGGUUGAUUUUGUAUGAGGAAACAAAACGCACCGUGCAUGAACUACGUGUUGCAGUGCUCUCUCGGAGAACUAUGACUCCCGCGGAGGAACGGAGCACGUUAUACAAGCUCAAGAAGAACAUCCAGCUUCUCGCAACCUCACUCUCCGGGUCCGAGUCCGUGUCUUCCUUGGGACCCGGUGAGAUCCAGCGUCGAAAUGACCUUGUUGGUAAACUUGACUGUGACAUAGACUAUCUGCAAGCGGAAAUACGUUCGCAGGGCGGGACCUCCAUAGAAGUAUCGAGCCCUUGGAACUCGAGUGGUGAAUACUCAAGUCCACAACGGAAUCAGUUGUUCAAGUCCUCGCGACGAGUUUUGGGAAAGAGCUCCUCGACUAGUUUGCCGGCAGAACAACAGCGUCUUGAUAAUCAUGGACUGUAUGCUCAGCAAAUGAAAACCAUGGACACUCAAGACCAGCAGGUGGAAUCACUCCUUCCACUCAUUCAGCGGCAAAAAGAAUUAAGCAUGGCCAUUUGUAAUGAAGUGGAACAACAGAACGACAUGCUAGAUGAAGUGUCUGCAUACACUGGUCAUACGCAGCACAAGCUGCAGAAGACCAGAGGCCGUUUGCGCCGUCUGGAAUGAGAACAUUUUCGUUGUCUUGAAACCAUUUACCACUCAAACUCCUUUUCCCUAAAGAUUAUUUGAUGAAUGUGAUUACGACUAUCUUAAACCUAAUAUUAUUUCAUUCGCAACCC